CUGUGAAGGGUGGGAGGGAAGUUACACACCUCAGGAAUGGAAUAUAUAUGUUUUUUCCGAAUCCCAAUAUACUAGCUUUGCUUAAAAUGCUAAAGGGCAGCAAACUCAAAGCUUUGGAUGUCAGAAUCCUGAGGCCCCUUUUUGAAACAAGCUGUUGCCAGCAGCGCAGUUUCGCCAAUAGCAUACAAAGAUCCUACAUAACGUUCAAUGACUUCCGCAGCAAAAAUCGUUGGUACACCAAAAAGGAGCUUGUGGGGUACUCUAUGAAGGACAUGUACACAGUGGUCUCCGACGUGAGGAACUACUACAAAUUUGUCCCUUAUGUGAAGCGAUCGCACGUCCACACCGUCGACAGUGAUGGUUUCAAGGCAGACCUCAUUGUUGGCUUUCCCCCACUGAACGAGGCCUACACGUCGAGGGUGACGCUAGAGUCGCCCAGCCUGGUCAAGUCCGAGUGCCAUGAUGGACGUUUGUUCAACUAUUUGCUUAAUGAAUGGCGUUUCAGUCCGGGCCUGAAAGACAUACCCAACUCAUGCGUCUUGGAUUUUAAGGUAUCCUUUGAAUUUAAAUCGCUGCUGCACAGCAACGUGGCCAACAUAUUCUUUGAUCUGAUAUGCGAUCAAAUGGAGAACGCUUUCAUCGAGGAAGUGCGUCGACGCAAUGGACCACCUUCGAUUCGUUCGCACGUGCUGACCUCCCAGAGAUCAUGACGCGGUCCAAACGGCCCAUCUCCCUUCGUUCUAGUAACUUAAGUUGAACGUGUAUUUGUACAUUUCAUUGACACAGAGUCGUUUUAUAUUUCGUUGUUAGUAAAAUUAACCAAAAUGUAAAUAAACAUUAUUCAAAGUCGA